UUUCGUUUGUUUGUUUGUUUUUUUUUUUCCCCGCUUCGAGGUGUCACUGAAGCGGGCUGUCGCUGGGGUUUGUUUGUAAACGUUGCGAUGAUUUCUUACACUGCUGCUGCUCCCUGUCCCUCACCGUCAACCAACCGUUGAGAUUAAACCCUGUGCUGUGUUGGUUUUUUUCCCCUUCUCUUUCUCUGUGUCUCAUCCAUUCGCUCGCAUUCUCUAACCUCUCAGUGCCGAGUCACAGCGCAGGACGAUUCCUUCCACCAUGAAGUGGGAGCGAGUGAAAGUGAAGUACAAACCGAAGGACAUUAUUGAGGGGAAGAAGUCACCUGGUCGCAAAGGUGGCACCGCUGGGCCCGGAAAAAAGUGGGGUCACACAGCAAAUACAGUCAAGAAUGGCCGCUAUCUGUAUGUAUUUGGUGGAUAUGGAAAGGAUGAUUGCCAAACGCAGGACAUUUAUGUUUUUGAUUCUGUGAAGCAAACAUGGAGCAAACCAAAUAUCAAGGGCCAUCCUCCAACUCCUCGUGAUAGCCAUACGUGUGUAACCUUGGGGAACAGCCUCUAUGUUUAUGGUGGUACUGAUGGUUCAAGUCCGCUGGCAGACAUUCAUGUUCUGGACACAGUCACCAACACAUGGUCUGUGCCCCAAACCACAGGGGAUGCCCCAUCUGCUCGUGAGGGACAUAGUGCAGCCGUAAUUGGAACCCGCAUGUAUAUUUUUGGUGGAUGUGGGAAAGCGAACGAUGGUUCAGAUGACUCUUACUUCAAUGACCUGCACUAUUUGGAGACAGCACAUGUGCCGCAUCAUUGGGUAAAGGUAUCAACCUCAGGGAGUCACCCAGCUGCAAGGGACAGCCAUUCAAUGUCUUCCUGGAACAACAAACUCAUAAUCCUUGGAGGCGAGGAUUCACUGAAUUCGUUUUUGUCAGAUAUUUAUAUUUUAGACACGGACACGUUUGUUUGGAGAGAGUUGAGAACAAGUGGACAGAAGAUAAUUCCUCGAGCUGGGCACACCACUGUGGCUCUUCGAAAGUACCUGUUUGUUUUUGGAGGAUUUACAGAUGAUCGAAAACUUUUUGACGAUCUUCACGUCCUCAACGUUGAUAAUGGUGUGUGGACAAAAGCUAUAACCAGCGGAGUUGGCCCUUCUCCACGCUUUUCUCUGGCUGGAGACGUGGUAGAUGCAGAGAGGGGUAUUCUUCUAUUCAUUGGUGGUUGUAAUGAAAACUUGGAAGCGUUGGAUGAUAUGUAUUACUUGGACACAGAGAUGAAAGCAGAGAAGACACAUUCUGAACCAAGGAGAGAGAAGUUAUCACUGAGAAAGGAAUUGAAGAGGAAGCGUCAAGGUGGUGAUGGACUUAGUGGACCGGAAGAUCAUGGCUCACCCGUAGUAUCUGCAGUGGGUUCAAGCAUGUAUGGGAUGUAUGAUGUUGUUCCGGUGGCUGAGCGCAUCUUUGAAGCCAAGAUCACAGAUAUCUUUCAUUACGGGUUCACUAUUGAAGCAAACAUUGAUAACAAGCCUCUGCGCGGGCUCCUCUUCUCUUACAAACCUGGGUUUGCUCAUGCAGCUCACGACUACAUAGCUAGGAAGAAAGCAGCUGAAGAAGCUGCUCUUUCCAAGGAGCGUGAACUUCGUAGGCAAAUGAGAAAACAAGCCCGUAUCGCGAAGCAGCAAGCUAAACGUGCCGAAGCACCUCAAGCAGCACCACGGGCAGUUCUUCAAGCAGUUCCUCAAGCAGCGUCUCAAGCAGUUCCUCAGGCAGCUCCCCAUUUCGUUUCUCCUUCAGUUCCUCAAUCAGCUCCCCAAGCGGUUCCGCAAUCAGUUCCCCAAUCAGCUCCUCAAGCAGUUCCGCAAUCAAUUCCUCAAGAAGCUCCCCAAUCAAUUCCUCAAGAAGCUCCCCAAUCAAUUCCUCAAGAAGCUCCCCAAUCAGCUCCUCAAGUAGCUUCUGAAGAAAUAUCACAAACCCCAAUGGAGCCGACACCUACAUUGCAACCUACAUUGCAACCUGUGGCUGGUGUAUCUGGGGUUCCAACAACCUCAACUGAGUAGUUUCAGAUUUACGUUCGAAGUGGAGCAUGUAACUGUAUCGGUGCUGAGUUGCCUUCAGUGUUUUGCCAUACUAUAUGUUAGUGAUUACUCUGCAAUUGGAUGCGCGGACUCUAGCGAUCCCAUUUUCGGCCUGAAGCCUACAUGAGAUCUGAUUCGGUGGAAAAAUGAUGGCAUAUGCCUUAGGAAAGUUUAUACGCCACGCAUGGCAAAGAACGUUGGGGCAUGUUUGCAAGCAUCGUCCAUCUAGAUCUGAGCGAAUUCGGAACUGAACAGUUGAUGCUGAAUAGUUACUGGAUUUUACGACUUGUGAAAGUGCUAUCAACUUAAUUCUUGUUUCAAUGAUGGCCGUUUGCUAGUGACAACGAGCUCAUUCAAAGACCUCUUUGUACAUGCACAUUUUUAAGAACUGCUGCGUUUGUUAUGUUCUGGGAGACGCAGCAACUCAAUCGAAAUAGUUUAACUUUUCUA